AUGCCAGAGCGUAUGUAAACGCUUGCGCUCGAUGUUGCACGUGCAGUGGUGUGCAAACUAAGCUUCGCAGUUCGGAGAGCUUUUUCCUCACUUGGUUUCGUUACCAUGGCAUAGAGAUGCUAGCUAAUGCCUUGCUAUAGGUGCGCAUCCGGUACAAACACUUCCCGCGUAUUGUCUUUUGUCUGAGGAGCAAGUUAGAAGAAGAGAGAAGUCACAUCUCGGGCACAGACGAGGUAUAUGAAUAGACUUUGCAUUUUAUGGAACUUCGUGUCCCGUACUCUGAAAUACCGACAUUGCAAAAAAAUCAUUGGUUUUUUAGCGCACUCUACGCCUAAAGAACGGUGCAUUGGAGAACUACAUCGAGCAAAACAAUCAAAGUUGAUCAAGUAGUUGAAUGCGCCAGGGACAUGAUGCCUGAAAUCUAUUGCAGCGUUGUCAAUUUUCUAAAUACCAAAACGUGAAGCUGUAAAAUUCUACUAUCUAUUUUACGAAUUAGCGACAGAUUUCUGCACGUAGUAUAUUAAAAUUCCAAAGCUACUAAACACACAAUUUAUAAUGUGGAUGAUUUAUACUUCAUAAACAUUCUUAAGAACAAUUUUUAACUAACCAGAUUUCAACUAUUUCUUAAAAUUAUUUUCUUAGAUCUAAGUCAAUUAUUGUUAGAAAAUAUAAUUUCAUCAUUCACUUAUGUUACAUAUUCAAAUUUACAUAAUUAUGAAGAAUUUAUAAAUUUAUUACAAAUUUAUGCACUGGGUAUGACAAAAACAUAAAUUCUAUUAUUCAUCAACUAAAAAUUAUGCUUUUAGUUUCUACAUAGCGUGAUUUUCAAGUAAUAUUUUAGUUUUUCUAUAAACUAGUUUUUUACUUUUACUUAUUAAUAUUUUAAUCUAUUUAUUUUAACCUAUAAUAUUUUAUAAUAUUUAAUAAUAUAACCUAUAAUAUUUUAAUCUAUUUAUUUUAACCAAUAUUUUAAUAACAAAUUUAUUGUAAUAACCUCAUUAUUCAUAAUAGAAAUUAUUAUUUCAUGAAGAUGUAAUGAAAAAUACAAGCAGGGUGAAAAAUAUACAAAGUGUUUUUUCUUUAUCUCACAAAAUCGGCCAAUUAAAAAGAAACUUUAAUUUUUUUAAAUAGCACUUUGUAUUUUCUUUUCAUAAUAACGAAUUCAACAAUUUAUACAUGAUGUCAUUUUUAUUGUUGAAAAAUAUUAGAAAUUACAAAUUAGGUCUGAACCACGGUAGUGACUGUAAUACUUGUAAUGUAGCAAACCGAGAUGUUCUAAAGUUGAGAGCCACGUGUGAAAUAAAAGCCUCUAAUUGUUAGCUACGAGAAAUGACAAAUAAAAUCCGACAAUGUUGGAAUUAAACUGAAUACAUGAGGUGUAUGAACAAUCGUGUAACUUGCCUGUUUCGCUAAUUUGACCAUUUCAUCGCAUUUUACUCUGGCGGACAAAACAGUAAGAGAAAUGUGGCAACCAUGUUAAACUUUGGCAACUAUUCACAGGUAAGUUUAGGUUUCAUCAGGAAAUCCUAAACUUACCUGUGCCCCUUUAACUCGUUUUUCAUUUGUCAUUCCGUUAUUACGAUAAAAAAGUCUCGAAGAUAACCGAGUGAACUUACAGAUUGACUAUUCCCUCACCGAUUUCGAUGCUUUUUGAACAUGUUACAGAGAUCAAUAUUUUGAACAGCUUCUUCCUCUAAUGGUGAUGUCUUUCUAACUUUGUUGGGAGAAGGGGUUGUUUAGGGUGUCGACUUCUGCAAUAGAUUGAGAGUCGUGAUUAAUCUCAUAAUGCAAUUUGAAAGAAAUGAAUUAUGCAAAUGGAAAAAAUAAGCAAUAUUUUAAAUUUCAAAUCAAUAUCUCAAAUCUUGAUGCUAAAAUGUAUUAUUAAAUUGUUCAAACUUUGUAUCUACUUUGACCCGACUGUUAUGUCCCCUUACAAAUAAAAGAAAUAAGAAGUUACAAAGUACAGUCUAUCAGCGAUAUUCGACUCCGUAAUAAUUUAUUAAUUUAUGACGCAAUUUCUAACAAUUUAUAACACUAAACGACCUCGUAUGCAAGCCAAGGAAUUCGUCUUAACAAAUAACACUGUACUAUGAAAAAGAAAAUAUCUGUAUAUGAUUUGAGAAAAUGAAUUUAACUUUGAAGUUUCGAAACAAUGUUUGUAGACGUUUUUUUUUUUUCUCUUUCGAUAGGUCUAAUCUUUUACAAAAUCGAGUUUGCGAGAUAAGGAUGAUUCAUAAUAUAUUCAGGUUGUGAAUUUACACAUUUAUAUGUAAAAAAACAUCACAUCUAAUUACUAAAUAACAUAUUUCAAUCAAUUUUUUCGGAUACUUUUAAAGAGAUGUAAAUAUUAAUAUCUCGUCCCAGUUUUCAUCAGCCGCUGUUCCAAAUCGUUAUAUCCUUUUAUUGACAAAGUACCACCAGCAAUUCUCGGAGCAGACGUGGCAACGCCAUCCAUAUUUUUUGAUUUUAAUUCCCUAGUCACUAGCAGCGCUGCGGUGCGAAACUUGCCUAAAUCGGUACAACAGGAUGUGACACGAAAAUGGUAAUCGGGUCCCAGGACCCCACGAACACGGGAACAAAACAUUGCAUGUAGAUCUAUCUAUAGACCUCGUCUGUGACAUGAAUCGAGAACUUAUUUCUCUCUCUCUCUCUCUCUCUCUCUCUCUUUCUCUCUCUCUCUGAACCUCUUUAUCUUUUAGGGAUGACAACUGCAGAGAGGGGAUAGGAACCGUGUUGAAGGGGCUUCAUUCGUAAGGACGGCACUGUCAUACGCUUUAAAAAGGCCGAUCAACGCGCAUACGCGUUUCGGGAGUAAAAGGUAAAGGAAAAAAAAAAAAGAAAAGAAGAAACGGAUAGGAAAGUACUUUGUGCGAUCGAAAAGAAAGAAACAAAAAAUUCGAAAAGAUAACAAGAGGCAAGAUGAUACUCGUAAUUGAUCGGAUCUCCCUCUGUGAAACUAGCUCGUUGAACGUCAUUUAAACGUCGCCGGAGAGUAAUCGAAAACAGACAAUGGCGUAGUUCGUGUUUUGUGCUAUCAGCUGAUACGUUUCGAUGGGCUGUCGUGCUUGGCAAAACAGAGGACAUCGUGAGCAGUAAACCCGGUCUCUCCUGUCACAGAAUAUCACGUUACCAUGCGUAGUACCGUGUGCAUUCUAACAAGCUAACUCGAGGCCCCGAAAAGUUUUCCUUCCAACUUGUAACGCACCGACUCCAUUAUUCACUGUCAUUGAGCAUAGUGUUUUCAUCUGGUAAGGGAACGUUCCGACUAGAAUGCUGUAAACAAUUUGUUACGUGCAUUUCCUCGUGCAUAUUUCAAUGCCGAUAUUUAUUCUACACGCCGAUACUUAAUUUAUCAUCGCUUCAUUUGAUUAUUUAUCGCUGUUCGACAUGAAUUUCCGUUUUGCAGAAUUUCAAUAUACACCUUAUCCGGUUUUGCAUGGAUACACGCAUAUAUAUAUGUGCAACGCGCUUUGACGUAAUCCUAUCAAGUUAUAUUUUGACAUGCAAAAUUAGGCACGUUAUCUCAAAUGCUUGUAACAAAAUGAGAUAUCAAUAUUAAUCUGAACUUCACUCUUGUCAGAUGAAAUAUAUUUUGAUAGAUUAUUAUUCGUUGCAUUCUCCAUGUUUGCAUAAACGUUGAUUAAACUGUAAUGUAAAUAAUAUACUAUAGUUUGACCUGAUAAGUUAUUUUUAAAGUCAAGCACAAAUAUAAAUUUUACUCUGUCUACGCGUUUGCACAAAUUCAAUUCAUUUCCAAAAAAGUAUCUCAAUGAAAGUUCUCAGUAUAGUAACAAAGUAACAAUUAUCACACAAGUGGAGCAAUAAUGCAAAAAUAUUUAAAAGCAAUAAGUGUUGAGUCGACGUAUUGAAUUUCUGUUGCAGGGAUUCUUUCAAACAAUGGGGGCAGCUGUGAGCAGUGGUGAAAGUAACGAUGAACUGGUUGAUAAUUUAAUGAAAUAUGGCUACAUAAGAACAAGAAAAGUGGAGCAAGUUUUUAGAGCUGUUGAUAGAGCUGAGUACGUUUUACCAUCUCACAGAGAAAGAGCUUAUAACGAUCUUGCCUGGAAACAUGGCAACAUUCAUUUAUCCGCACCAUGUAUAUAUAGCGAGGUGAUGGAAAGUCUUUCAUUGGAGCCAGGAUUGAGUUUUUUAAAUCUUGGAUCAGGCACUGGUUAUCUCAGUACAAUGGCAGGGCUCAUAUUGAAUCAACACGGUACGAAUCAUGGCAUUGAGUUGCAUGAAGAUUGUUUGAAUUACGCGUACGAGCGGCUAGAAGAGUUUAAGCAGAAGUCAUUAGCGCUGGACGAAUUUGAUUUUUGUGAGCCAGUGACACACAUAAAGAAUUUACUUAUAUAUGACUCCUGCGAGGACAAAAAGAAAGAAAAGAGUCAUGUAACUGUACGUUUAACAGGGAAUUGUUUGAAUGUUACACCUAGUAGGCAGUAUGACAGAGUGUAUUGCGGGGCAGCAUGUCCUGAAAAUUACGAGGGAUUCAUUAAACAAUUUGUAUGUAUCGGAGGUAUCCUUAUAAUGCCGUUCAAAGAUCACUUGUUACGUGUACUCAGAAUAGACGAGGAUACCUGGUUACACUUUAAAAUGCUCCCCGUAUCGUUUACAACGUUAGUCGUACCUACUGCUUCAGAGCAAACGUUAUUCCAUUUACCUGAAUGUGCCCCGUUAUCUUUGCAAGAAUUAUGCAGAGGGAAAAUCAGGCGGUGCUUGCGAUCAAACGUGUGGAAGGAGCACGAGGAUCUGGAAACGAAGAUAGUAAUAUCAUUGGGACGACGAAGAUUCAGCCCUCCACAGCAGACACUAACGAGAUUCGUAAUACCCGUGUUGCGGGAGUCUGACGAGUCCGUGUCAGAGGAGUCAGUAUCAGACGAAGAUGACGAAUUUACAAGAAGAUUGUGCGUGUUGCUCAACGUAGACGUUGAUCCUAGGGAUUUGUACACAACCUCUCAGGUACGGGCUGUCAUGUUGUGUAACAUGAACGAAAGCCAGAAUUGGCAAGUGGUGAAUAGCAAUAGCAAUAGUAAUAGUAACGGAGUUGAAUGGGACAAUGAAAAUCCUGAAAGUUCGACGGACAAUAAGAAAUCUGUUUCGCGGACAGAAGAGGACAACCGUGUAGAAAUUGCAUCGAAUUCGACGGAGGAGAAGCAAACUGAGGGCAAAGCCGACGAAGCACAGAAUUUCACCAACGUCAACGAGACGUAUUUGAAUCUACUCAAACAUACUGAAACAUUGUUGAAUAUAAGCGAAAGUGAUGAUAGCGAAACGGAACAGGACGAGAUAGUCGUUCAACGUAAAAAGAUGGCCAAACGAGAGAAAACUGACAGUGGUAUCGUGGAGGACGUGAACUUGAACAACGAGGAUAGUAGCCCUACAUCGAAUACCAGUCAAUCAGAGUCAGAGCCUGUCGAUCCUCCGGACACGACGGAAGCGAUGGACGUAGAUGCAUCCAGCAGCCCCCGUGACCAAAAUGUAAUAAUCGCCAGUUACGUAAACAGCAAUGCCUUUUCUACUUACAUGAAGGAGAAAAUACAUCAGUUACCAUUGCCUUUUUCAUCGAAGUUGUACCUAAACUAUAAUCGUAAGCUAAGUCGUAACGUGCUUGCUCACACAUACGUCACUCACAGACUACUUCUAUCUCUUGAAAGAUCAAUCGAUCAAAUCGAUUCCUCGAAAAAAACAUGAACACACGUUUGGACUGUGCUUUUACCUUCUGCGGUCGGCAAAGUCGUGUACGAUUCGACAACAAAUGAGUGAAUAAGGACUUUCAUACGUUUUCCUCGGGGAAUGUCCCGAGCAUCCCCACGGGAAUAACGGGUUGAACAAGGGAUGCACUGAGGGUGCGCGUGGAGAGAUCAGUUGUGCGGAAGAGGCUAACGCCCAGCUGCCCGGCAGAUCGCGGGUUCGUACGUUCGCGAUAACACAGCUCUCUCGACUGUCGGCAGACUUCUGGCCAGAUUGGCAAUUGCCCCGGAGAAAGCUGAUAAGAUCGAUUGGGAUAUGUCGAUGUUCUUCGAGCGCUCACCCCUCCUAUAUCACCUUCUGUAUCGUGCCCGUAAUCGUACAAAUUCUACGUGUCAUCUAGAUCUCAGUUUCGUGCAGUGAAUAACCAAUACGUUUCUAAUAACAUGCCCCUCAAAUUCAUGGAUACGACCAACGAACGAUGGGUACUCGGCUCGAGAGUGAGGACAAUUCUCGAGCGUUGGCAUGAAACUGAAACGCGAGUGUGUGACUGCACGAUCGAACGAGGAACGAGUGCACUUUUUUUCGAACACUGAUGAAGAGGACUGCGGCCCUCUGCAUUCCCGACGCAAGCGGGGAAACGUUGGUUAUGUGAAUAACAUCUUUGCAAGUGUUGUCGCGCGUGUACAUACAGAGGAUAAAACAGAGACGAAAGUUUGAACACCAGCGUCAGAGAAAUGUGACAAAUCUCCGAGACGAGAAUUUCCAAGUCGUAAACAAAAAAAAAAAUCCAGAGAAAAAUCUUUUUCUUCGGACGAAUUUCACCGACGAUGAGGUUCACGGUGUUCGGCGUCUCCUUCCUGUUUCACUUGACCCUAAUCGGAGGUUCGACAGCGGCCGAGGUGUCGUGCAGUAGCCGGCUGACGACGCCAAGAGGGGUGAUCCAAACCCCGAAUUUUCCCCGGGCUUUCCCGGUGCCGAUUAAGUGCCGCUGGGUGAUCGAUGUCUCCGAUAUUUCAGCGAGCAACAGCUCCAUCGUCAUCUACCUGACCCAGGUGUACGUGUACAAAGGGCUUCGUUUCACCGAGUACGCGUACUACGAGUCGGAGAGCAUGAAUUUCGGCGCGACGCUGAUAAAAGAAAUUACCGAGGGCAAUGUGUUCGAGUACAAGUUGUUCAGAACGUUCAGGCCGUUCCUGGUCAUCGAGUUCGAGCUCGAUCAACUCGAAGGAAAUCACGUGCGGGUUUUGAACGAUUUGCUGGACGUGUAUGGCUUCAAUAUCACAUAUCAGAUGACCGACGACGUGCCAAACUCGGAUUCCUGUUCCGUCCAACGUUGCUCGUACACCGGGGACUGCUUAAUGUCAGGGGAUUACGAGAGCUUCUGGUGCGACUGCUUCGACGGUUUCAGCGGCAAGAAUUGCAACAAAGGACCGCUCUGCUUCGACGACAGGAAAAACCCUGUUUGCCAGAACGAGGGAAUCUGCAAGUACGAACAUCGUUCACGUAAAUCCAUCGUCGCAGAUCUAACCUAAAAUAUGUUAAACGAAAAACUGGGAUCGAUGAAAUUUUUAACCAAUAGCAAAGGUGUUUGCAGGCCAUUGGCUGAAAAGCAGUUUCUAUGAAAUAUUGCUUCCAUAACUUAAACUCACUCUUUUAACCCUUUGCCUCGACAAAGUCUUUUUUUGUAUCAUUUAUCAUGCAAUUCCCUUGCACUUCAAAUAGAAUGAUAUAGAAAUUGGAAAUAAUCAUUCAAAUGGUAUUGAACACAAAAUUUUGUUGGUUAUAUUCUUCCAAUAUGCGUUAAAUUCGAGCAUUCAAUUUUCAAAUUUAAAGCAAUCAUCAACGUGCAUUGCUUGGAUUUGAUUGUAUAAUUUAUAAGAAUAAUAAUAUAUAGAAUAUAUUAUACUGUUAAAAUAUAUAUAUAAUGGUAUAAUAUAUAAAAGUGCAUAGUGAUGCAUAGUUUCAAUCUCUGGAAAAAUAAGAAGCAGCAAGAGGCCUAGUUUAUGUGAAUUAUUUCCAAUUAUAUGAAUUAUUGAGUGUCAAUUGACUCAGGGCUGUCUUCAGAAGUUUUUUUCUUUUGAAGUUCUUUUAUUUCUCUUAUGUCGUUGUUAUAGCUUUCACUCUUAUAGUGUUUUUCAAAUAUUAUACUAUUAUACAUUGCGUCAAUACAAUGUAUGUACAAUAAAUGUACAUACAUUCUUUAUGAUUAUCAGCAAAUUAUAAAAAGAGAAGGUCUUUUCAAGCUGUUAGUUAAGUUUAAAUCUCCUCAGAAGGGGCAGCCGAGUGCAAAGGGUUAACUGUCUUCUUGAAAACCGAACCAAAUAGAAAAUCAAUGAGUUAUCGUCGAUCUCUGAAAACAUUGAAGAACCAAAUCUCUUCUCUUUGUAAAUACCUAUCGAUGUGAUAGGUGACGAUGUUUCGUUGCGAACUGUUCCAGGCAAAUUGGAGCAGAGGCGAUGACCUGCGAAUGCGCCAACGGUUACGUCGGCCGUCACUGUGAGAUUCAUCUUCUGGACACCGUGGAUGGCGGUAGGAUUUUCACCCCAAUGUCGAUCUACAACGUAGAUCUCUCCAUACGAAUUCCACAUUAUAUUAGCUGCACUAUACAGGAUGGUCCGCCUAAAUAUCUUUCCGAAUUGUGACGAUGCAAAAAAUACUUUAACAAGAAUGAUAUCAGACUGGUAAGAAUAUUUUUUUUCAAUUUUUGCCAUUCUUUUUUUUCGGAUUUUUCAAGGUCAUUGGCAAUCCCCCCCCCAUGCAACUCUGUGUGUGUGUGUGGGGGAAAGAACACCAAUGACCUUGAAAACUCUGAAAAGAUGACCUUGGAAAAAGAAUAUUCUUGCCAGUUAUUAAUAAGACGCAUAUACGGUUUGACACUGUUCACGUUAGGUUAGAAAAAUAUUGUUUGGUUAAAAAAUAUCGUUAAAGUUCGAAAAGAUAUUUAGGUGGCUUAAAUGGACUGUAUAUAUAUAUAUAUAUAUAUUUAUAUUUAUAUUUAUAUUUAUAUAUAUAAAUAUGAUUUUAUAUAUAUAUUUAUAAAAUCAUAUUUAUAUAUAUAUAUCAUAUUUAUAUGCAUAUAUCAUAUGUAUAUAUAUAUAUCAUAUUUAUAUGCAUAUAUCAUAUUUAUAUAUAUAUAAUCAUAUUUAUAUACAUAUAUCAUAUUUAUAUGCAUAUAUCAUAUGUAUAUAUAUAUCAUAUUUAUACAUAUAUCAUAUUUAUAUGCAUAUAUCAUAUUUAUAUAUAUAUAAUCAUAUUUAUAUAUAUAAUCAUAUAUAUAAUCAUAUUUAUAUAUAUAAUCAUAUUUAUAUAUAUAUCAUAUUUAUAUAUAUUGUAAAUCAAUACUAUUUCCGAUAAAAUUUUACAAAGUUAUUUAUCUACACGUCUAGUAUCUCUUACGUAAAUCCGUCUUAGAAAUAGAGAAACGUAAAUUUACGUGGCCUGUCCGUUGUUAAGUGUUAGUUUGUUCGAAACGAUUUUGUAUAAACGAUAAACUCGAGAGGAGAUCGUUCGCACGCGGACGACAUUUCGCUGACUCACGGUGAGCCUCGCGAAUACGUGCUCUCAUGAGGUCGACGUUUGUUCGCAGAAUGCGGGAUCGAGAAUUGCAUAAUACAAUGCCCUUACGAUGAGGAGGAGGAGCAACAGCAGCAGCAGCAGCA